AUGACCCAUCACCUGACCAGCAAGCGACUCAAGCCCUAUUCUCACGUGACUGGGCUUUCGCACGUGACACGCCCACAAUCGCUCGCUAAAGCCGCCGAACUAAAAAAAUCCACAAUACAGAUCCCUUCGACGACAACCUCAUCCGUCGACAAACACCCGCGCUACCGUCUUGACCGCGCCGCCUCCGUCAAGAUGAAGCUCAACAUCUCCUACCCGGCCAAUGGGUCGCAGAAAAUCAUCGAAGUCGACGAUGAGCGCAAGCUCCGUCCCUUCAUGGAGAAGCGCAUGGGCACCGAAGUUGCCGGCGAUGCUCUCGGUGAUGAGUUCAAGGGUUACCUCUUCAAGAUUACCGGUGGUAACGACAAGCAGGGUUUCCCUAUGAAGCAGGGUGUUCUCCUGCCCACCCGUACCCGUCUGCUCCUCGCCGACGGCCACAGCUGCUACCGCCCCCGCCGCACCGGUGAGCGCAAGCGCAAGUCCGUCCGCGGUGCCAUCACCGGCCAGGACCUUGCUGUCCUCGCUCUCUCCAUCGUCAAGCAGGGCGAGGGCGAGCUCCCCGGCCUGACCGACACCGUUGUCCCCAAGCGUCUCGGCCCCAAGCGUGCCACCAAGAUCCGUCGCUUCUUCGGUCUCGACAAGAAGGACGACGUCCGCAAGUUCGUCAUCCGCCGUACCGUCACCAAGGAGGGCAAGAAGGACUACACCAAGGCCCCCAAGAUCCAGCGUCUGGUUACUCCCCAGCGUCUCCAGCGCAAGCGCCAACGCGUUGCCAUCAAGCGCCGCCGCGCUGAGGCUGCCCGCGAUGCUGCCAACGACUACGCCAAGCUCCUUGCCAGCCGUGUCCACGAGGAGAAGGCCAAGCGUGACGAGCUCCGCAAGCGGAGGGCUUCCUCCAUGCGGAAGUAA